AUGGGACAAGCUCUGGGUAUCAAAAGAUGUGACUUAAAGGCAGCAGAAAACAACAAGGAACACCACACCAAUGCCAUCAGCUCCCAGCACCUUGUUUUGAGGAGGGGACAGUCCUUCACUAUCAUCCUGAACUUCCGUGUCCCAGUCCGCAAAUUUCUGACUUCCCUGAAGAAAGUGGCUCUCGUUGCGCAAACUGGAGAGCAUCCUUCCAAGGCCAACAAGACUCAAGCCAUAUUCCCUAUUUCCUCUCGGGGUGACCAAAAAGGAUGGAGUGCAGCAGUGGAAGAAAGAGAUGCCCAGAACUGGACCAUUUCUGUAACCACACCCGUGGAUGCUGUCAUUGGCCACUACUCACUCCUGCUUCAGGUUUUAGGCAGGAAACAAUACCCGCUGGGCCAAGUCACACUGCUUUUUAAUCCCUGGAAUAGAGAUGACGCUGUGUUUCUUCAGAAUGAGGCUCAACGCACAGAAUACUUACUGAACCAAAAUGGCCUCAUCUAUGUGGGCACCGCAGACUGCAUUCAGGAGGAGCCCUGGGACUUUGGUCAGUUUGAGAGAGACGUCAUGGACCUCAGCCUGGACUUACUGAGUGUGGACAAGCGAGUGGAGAGGUGGGGUCAGCCUGCACAUGUGGCCUGUGUAGUGGGCACAUUGCUGCAUGCUCUGAAGAAAAAGAGUGUACUGCCAAUGUCACAGACCCAGGCUGCCCAGGAAGGGACCUUACUGUACAAGCAACGGGGGAGCGUGCCCAUACUGCGCCAGUGGCUCACUGGCCACGGACGACCCGUGUGUGAGAGCCAAGCCUGGGUGUUCGCUGCUGUUGCUUGCACAGUGCUGCGUUCCCUUGGCAUCCCAGCGCGAGUCGUUACCACAUUUCCUUCAGCCCAGGGUACCAGUGGGAGCCUGCUGGUGGAUGAGUACUACAAUGAGGAGGGACUACUGAAUGGAGAAGGACAGAGGGGCUGUAUCUGGAUCUUCCAAACUUCUGUAGAAUGCUGGAUGAACAGACCUGAUUUGUCCCCGGGUUAUGACGGAUGGCAGAUUCUGCACCCAAGAGAUCUUAAUGAAGUUGGAGUCCUGGGACCCUGCAGUCUGGUCCCAGUCAGAGCAGUCAAGGAGGGGGAACUGCAGCUGGACCCAGCAGUAUCAGACCUGUUUGCUGCAGUAAAUGCCACGUCCAUGGUCUGGAAGUGCUGUGAAGAUGGGACAUUGGAGCUGACCGACUCCAAAAAAAAGAAUGUUGGCAAUGGCAUCAGCACCAAGGUCGUGGGCUGUGACCGCUGCGAAGACAUCACCCAGAACUACAAGUACCCUGAAGGAUCUCCUCAAGAGAAAGAGGUACUGGAGAGAGUACAGAAAGAAAGGAAAUACCUGAAAGACAUGUGUCCUCCGAGUCCUGAGCCCGUUGACCCUAUGUACCUGUUCUUGGGCACACCUAGCUCCUUCCCCUUGAGAGGGCAAGGUCACAUCUCAGUGACCCUGAUUAAUCCCACGGACCAGGAGAAGGAGGUGCAUCUAAUGAUCAGGGCCCAGGCUGUGUACUACAAUGGAAUCCUUGCUACUGAUCUCUGGAGGCAGAAGCAGUGCUUCAGACUUGGGACCAACCAAGUUCUGAAAAUAUCCACCAGCCUCUCCUCCUUCAAUUUUGAGCAAGACCUACCUGAGAACAGCUUCCUCAGAGUCACAGCAAUGGCAACACAUUCACACAUCAGCCUCAGCUGCUUUGCUCAGGAAGACAUAGCCAUUGAUAGACCGAAUCUUACCAUCAAGAUGCCAGAGACAGCAGAACAGUACCAGCCUCUCACUGUCUCAGUUGGCAUCCAGAACUCCUUAGACUGCCCCAUGCAGAACUGCAUCAUCUCCAUCUUUGGAAGGGGACUCAUUCAUAGAGAGAAGAGAUAUAGAUUGGGUUCUGUGUGGCCAGGAAGCUGCCUGUAUACUCAGUUCCAGUUCACACCGACACAUCUGGGGCUCCAAAGACUCACUGUGGAAGUAGAUUGUGACGUGUUCCAGAACCUGACAGGCUACAAAAGUGUCCUUGUGGUGGCCCCUAAGUCUCUGUUUAAGUCCAAAACAGCCCUUGAACUUCCUUCUGAAGUCAGACAUACUCCGGAGUGACACUCUGCCCAUCAGACAAAUGAGUCUUCACUAAGGUUGAGCAGAACAGUGACCAAAAGCCAAGCUAGACUCACAGAAACCAAAAUCCAUUUCUGUUAUGUCUACUUAGGACAGCCAGAAACACUAUUUGUCUUAGAAUAAACUGCUGUGCAUUGGUGACUAAACAAGGCUUUGAAAAGACACUCAACCUUUUCAAAGUAUAAUUAGAUGUUUUGACUACCUUUCUGGAGUGCAUUCAAAUUUGGGAGGGUUCAGAUGUUUCACGACAUUUUAUUGCUCAUUAAUAUAGCCAUUAACUUACAGGAAUGAAAGACAACCUAAUGUUUAAAUCACUCUAUUUCUGAUGGCACAGGACAAUAUUGACUAAAAAUAAAAUUUUUAGGUAAUACUAAAAUUACAUUGAUUAAUACUACCCUAGCCAUCAUUGUAAAAGAUCCAAAUAUAAAUUAAUAGAAUUAUUAAAACACAUAAUAUAGGGCCCCCAAAAUAAUCUAAAUUUAGCUAUAGUGAGAUCUUUAUGAGUUCUAUACUCAUUAAAUAUCCCACAACUCAAGUCUGAUGGGAAUAAUAUGGAUUUGGCCCAAUAGAGAAGUAUGAAAAUUAAGUACAUAGAAAAAUAUAUCCUAUAAGCCUGGUGGUGAUGCGCACCAAAAUACAGUUAUGAAGUAGCAACAAAAUAAUUUUAUGGUUGAAGGCCACCAAAACAUGAAGAACUGUAUUAAAGGGUCACAGCAUCAGGAAGAUUGAGAACCACUGACCUAGAAGAUCAUAUACUGGAAAACAGGGUUACUAAAGGAAACUCUAUCUAGAUCUCUAUCCUGCUAUAGAACUCAGGAUUCAAAGGUUGAGGUGAAAUCCUCCUGCCUCAGAGAGGCUGAAUAACAAGUAGCUAACCUUGUCUCCUUGCUCUAUCUUCCAAAAAAAAGGGUUCGUUCUUCUGCUCAGCCCCAAUAAAGAACUCUCCCUACAUUUAGUUCCUCCCUACUAACUUUCUGUCAGCUAGCUGCUGACUCAACCUCUUGUCCCCAGGUUAAUUUUAUUUAAUCAAACAAAUGUAACACAUCUUUGCAUCAUUAACAAAAGCAGCAGAAACAAAUGUAACACACCUUUACAAAGCAGCCUUUAGUCCCAGCACUGG